AUGUCUUGGAAUACUAUCGAAUCAGACGCAGGCAUCUUCACGCAGCUUGUCAAAGACCUAGGUGUUUCCGGUGUCGAGUUCGCUGAGAUUUCCACGUUAGAUACGUUACAAGAAGAACUUGCAGGAGUACUUUACGGCGCGAUCUUUUUGUUCAAAUACAACGCCUCUGAUCACUCCAAGGACUCACCAGUUCAAGGGGAAUACGAUUUCGAUUACCCAAAUUCUCUUUUUUUUGCCAACCAAACGAUUCAAAAUGCAUGUGGAACGUUGGCGGUGUUGAACACUUUGCUGUCACUCUCUAAAGACCAUCCAAAGGAGAUAGAACUUGGAUCGACGCUCUCGGAGUUUGUGGAUUUCACCUCGGCUUUCAGGGACUCUGAACUGCGUGGUGAGAGUAUUUCCAAUUCCGAUCAUAUCAGGAACGUUCAUAACUCGUUUUCCAGUCCGGAUCCUUUUGUGCUUGACGAAAAGCACCAAGAUCCAGAUCGGCCCUCUGCUGAUGUCUUUCAUUUUACAAGCUUUAUUGAGCAUGAAGGUGUGCUGUAUGAACUUGACGGACUUCGUCCUGCACCUAUCAUUCAUCGCGAUCUGGUUAACGAAACUCAAGACAAGCUCAAAUUUGCCCAGAAUGUCACCACUGCACUACAAAAACGUAUGCAGCUGGCUCUACACUCUAGCGGCAAGUUUUCCGUCAUUGCUAUUCACAGAGACACAAUGGACUACCUCAACAGCUUGAAAGAUGAAGGUGCAAUCACAGACUAUGACUACGAGCUAAGACAAGCAGAAGAGUUGGCCAAGCGGGAGUCCUGGAGCAAGGAAAUUUCGUACAGAAGACAAAACCUGCACGGUUUGGUGUUCGAGCUUGCCAAACAGGUGGCAUGUUCGAUGUCAGAUGAAGAAUUCUCAGCUCAAAUCGUCCGUGCGCAAAAGGCCACUCAGGACCGCUUACAGAAAUUUAACAGAAGCGAGUAA